UUUUGAAGCAAAUGAAUAUGUGAAUCAAUGGCUUCCUGUAUCUUCAACAGUUUAUUUUACAGGUUGAAGACGAUACCCACCAGUUCAUUUGGCUGGAAUUGGAGCUUCGGCAAUGGCAGCAAAAAGGAAGACAAACCCAACAUCAAGUACCACCAAAUCGAUCUUCCAUUCCCUCCUUCUCUCGUCGACAAAACAUUCUUGAAAGGUAGGGAACUCAAAUGCUGCUAUAAGGCCACAUCAGACGGAUUCAGCGCGACCGAUUUCCACACGUGUUGCGAUUUCAAAGGACCAUGUGUCAUAAUUGGGUACACAGACAAAAGUUUCAAGUUUGGUGCAUUCAACCCUGAGGGCUACAGAAGCACAGAUGACUACUAUGACACAUUUGAUGCAUUCCUCUUCUAUUGGGAAUUAGACAAUGAGGCAGCUGACCCCAUCAUCUUGCCCAAGGUUGGGGGCAGCGGUGCAGCUCUGUUCGACUACGCAAGGGGCGGGCCGCAGUUCGGAGCAGACGGGCUACUGAGGCCCCCUCUGGCUCCUGUCAUGGGUGGCUUUGCUGGGCCCGACACGAACUCGGGCGUGGGGGACUUGAGGCAAGCCAAGUCCCGGCUCGGGCUGUCGUAUGCCAAGAGAAAAGAUGGGAAGGAGUCCAUUUUUGGAGAUGAAGGCAGAGCUGUUGUUGCUGAAGUGCAGGUCUUUUGCAGCCCUCAAAUUGCGAGCUUGUAUUGAAAGAGGGGCAACCAAGUAGCUGCCUAAGGUGUUCUUCAUUGGAUGGUGGUGUGAAUAGGUAACAUAUUCAUAUAUUCUACCCUUGUUCUUUGGAUUCUUUAUUUCGAAAGAAAUAAUACUCAAAUUUUAAUAAGCUAUGAGGCAAAUCAUUGUAGUUUGUAAACAUAUCAAGGAAGUAGGGUAGUUCCAUUGAAACUUGUCUUUCAUAGGGCUAUAUGGCUUCUGACUCUGUUGACAGUAGAGACUCUGUUGACAGUAGAGCCGUAGUUAGAGGUGUGAAAAAAAAAAAGAAACCAAACUUUUUGUCAGGUCUGCAGUCAAAUGCUCUACCACUAAGCUAUGGACCCUUUGAUAAGUUAUAGACUAAAAUAAAUUAACAGUAA